AUGGCCUCCGGUCCAGGAAGGGCCCCAGGCGGCAUCCGAAUCCGGGAACCGGGCGAUAGGCACCGCGAUGAGUCCAACACCGCCGCCGCAGCUGCAGCUGCAGAGGCGCCUCCACCCGCUUCGCCCUCCAACGUUCCCCAAGAACAGCCCCAUGGUCCAUCGGGAGCCCAAGGCGGGAGCCCCUCUGCCGCCGCCGCCGCCGCACGGAAGGGGAAGGGGGUCUUGGCUCCAUCCCCGCUACCUUCCCCGACGCGCUCCGAGUCCGAGGGCGCCAGCUCCCCGGCAUCGUUCGACAUCGUCUCCGACAAGGUUGCCGGAGAGUCGAGCUCCUCCAACACGCUAGCGGACGGCGACAGGAGGUUGGGGGUGUCGUGGAAGGACCCGCUGGUGGAGUCGACGAUGGAGGUGCCGAAGGUGACGAGGCCUAUGGAUGUGAAGUCGGCGUUCGACAACUUGUCGCUGGAGCAGCAAUGGGCCCUGGCGGAGGAGAUGGAAAUGCAACAGUGGCAACUGGUGCAGCAGAGGAAAUCUCUCUGGAGCAAAUUCAAAGGUGGCAUGGCAAACUUUUUGGAGAGGAUAGGAAGGCAAAUGUACAACUACAAUCCAGAAUCUACAGUAAUCAUACCCCAUGUGAAUCAUCAGACAAUUCCUAUGACCGGGAUCAUUGAGCAUUACAACCUCAUCGAAAUGGGUGCUGGACGAGGAGAAAUAUUUCAUUCAAAUGCACUGAACCUUCGUCGUGCCUAUUCUGAAUUUAGGCCAGUGCAUGGAGAUGGAGAGUGUUUCUACAGGAGCUUCAUAUUUUCCUACCUCGAGCAAGUUCUUGAUAGGCAGGAUACACACGAGGAACACCGUCUUCUUGCUGCUGUUAGAGGAGUGGCUAGGCAUCAUGCACGCCUUGGUUGGACCUCUGAAUUUUCCUGGAGAUACAAAGCAUUUAAGACACUGAUAAAGAAAGUAAUGAGAUGGAAAAGACACAACAGAUGGAAGAAUGUACCAACAACCGACAGCUACCGCAAACAGAAACUUCUCAAGUUCUUCAGCGGUUAUGGCAGGACAGACAACAUUUUUGCUUUCCUCAGAUUGGUAGCAGCUAUCUGGAUAUGUUCACACAGUGAAGAGUUUGAACCACGUAUACCUGAGCUUAAUGAAUAUGGCACUCUCAGAGAAUGGUGCCUUCACAAAGUUAUCAGGUAUAAGGUUUUCACAGAUCAUGUUCAGAUGACAGCAUUAGUCACCGCUCUUGGGGUGCCGCUGCGAGUGGAGUACCUCUUACAAGGAGAUGGUCAAGACCUCUACACUCGCCAGGAGGAUUCCCAAGACGAUACGCCAAGAAGUACAUGUUGGCCUAGUCAUCGUCGUCAACUACCCCAUGCUCAUGUAGUCCCCCAUGUGACCGUGCUCUACACAAACAUUCACUAUAACAUCAUCUACCCCCACCGUCGCGAUGGUCCUGUUCCUUCUAUUGGGGAGAGCUGUAGUCAGCAGACUGCGCAGGUACAGCGGCCAACUGCUGAGAGUUCAGGUCAACAAAUUGCCCAGAGAGAUAGCUGCAGUGGUGAGAGUUCAAGUCAACAAAUUGCCCAGAGAGAUAGCUGCAGUGGUGAGAGUUCAAGUCCACAUAUUGCCCAGGAGGAGAUCUCCACUGGUGAGAAUCCAGAUCAACAUGUAGGGCUAAAGUUAACUUCUACUGGUGCCCAUGAGUAUGAUGAGCAUAAGAGCAUUGCUGAGUGA